AUGGUAAAAACAAGCAUCGACCUCGUCGACGAUGUUGACAUGUUCCCAUAUCUGGAAACCAAACCAGAAGCCUUCAAGCAGAUGCAUGAAGGUCUCUACACGCUCCUAUGGGAAGAUGAGGCCGGCCACUACCCCAUUGGCUACGUGCUUGACCGUGUCGUUCAGGAGUUGCUCAAGGUGCCCGUCAACAUCCGGGGUAGCCUCGAUGUUGACGACAAGCAUCGCACCUUGAAGCUGUUCCAGCAGCCCACCGAAGAAGAGCGAUCUGCCUGCGUCGCCGCCGUUUCCGCAUACUGGCGCGAGAACCAGACGUUCCCGCUGCUGCGCGGCUGGCGCAACGAGCUGUGGCCUGUCUACAGCCGCAAGGGCGAGUUGCUCUUUAGCAUGGAACGCGCCGCCAUGGGCCUCAUCGGCACCAUGCGCUACGGCGUCCACAUGAUCGCCUACGUCCGGGACGAGUCGGCGCCGUAUGGCCUCCGGCUCUGGAUCCCUACGCGCGCCGCUGACAAGUCGACCUUCCCGGGCAUGCUCGACAACACCGUCGCCGGCGGCCUCAUGACCGCCGAGGAUCCCUUUGAGUGCGUCAUCCGUGAGGCCGACGAGGAAGCGAGCUUGCCCGAUGCCAUCGUCCGUAGCCGCGCCAAGUUCGUCGGCAACGUCACCUACGUCUACAUCACAGACGCGGAGAAGAUCGGCGAGGGAGGCUUUAUUUACCCCGAGUGCCAAUGGGUUUAUGAUCUCGAACUACCUGCCGACGUCGUCCCCCAGCCCAAGGACGGCGAAGUCGCCAAGUUUGAGCUCUGCGACAUCGACCACAUCAAGCGUGACCUCGCCCAGGGCCGCUACAAGCCCAACUGCGCCGUCGUUACGCUCGACUUCUUCAUCCGCCACGGCAUCAUGACUGAAGACAACGAGCCCGACUUGGACCAAAUCAAGACGAGGGUGCGCCGCGACAUCCCGUUUCCCGGCCCGCACCAGAGCAAUUGGCGUCCAACUUGA